UUUUGAUUCUUGUCAUUUGAUUUCAUAAAAUAGAAAUUCAAAACGCAUUGUCAAGACUUUUUCGACCCAUAUUUUUGCGUAAUUAAUUCCAGCCCGAGCAUCACAUCGCAUUCUGUUCGACAACAACAAAUCGAUUAUUAAUUCUCUGUCCAAUAAACGAAGAGGCGACAAUUAAUUAACUAAUCAGAACAAAUCUAUGGGCCAUCGAAAUUUUUGCUGCGAUGGCUGUCAAACACAUAAUUUCCAAGGACGAAGGUUUCACUGUUUGCGCUGUGUGAACUAUGACCUGUGCGGCGAGUGCUAUGACCAGCAUGUGGAGACGCUGGACCAUCGCUUGGAGCAUCCCAUGCAGCUGCUGCUCGACCAGGAGCGGCACCAACAGCUGCCCGAACUGCUGCUCAAUGGCGAGAUGCUCGAACUGAUGCACUUGCCCAACUGCUAUACGUGCCCCUAUUGCGGCAUCUUUGGGCAUACGGCCAAGGAGCUGAUCGAUCAUGUGGUCACCAUGCAUCGCCAGGCCGACAGCCAUGUGGUGUGCCCCAUGUGCGCCGGACUGCCGGGCAUUGAGCUGGUCGCCAUACGCAAUCUGGCACGCCAUUUGCUGCUGAAUCACAUUGAGCACGCCAAUCUGCUGGAUCCGAAUACGCCGCCGUUGCGUCAUGCCUUGGCGCGCGUGUCGCGUCGAAGGCGGCGCCAACAGCCGCCAAGUCCGGGCAAUCAGAAUGGCAAUGGCAGCAAUAGUCGCAGCUCGGCGCGAUCCAAUAGCAGCCGCAUGGACUCUGAGGCCGGCAUAGAUAUACUCUAUCAGCUGUCCGAGCUGCGUCGCCUGCGUCCGGAGCUACGCCUGAGCCAGACGCCGGCCAAUUACCUGGAGGGGGAUCCGCGCUCACGCCCGACCACUCUGGCAAUUGCCAGUCCCGAGGCGCUGACCAAUGGCCCAGCCCAAGGCCCUGGCAAUGAAGCAGCUGGCAGCUCGGCGCUGCUGUUGGAGCACUCGGAUGCGGAUCGCUAUCUGCUGCACCAGUGGACGGCAGAGAAGCACGCGGACCUGGAGACAGCGCUGCGGGACAACAGCCAGCGACAGCAGCACGCGCUCUUCACCGAGCACCUGCUGCUCUCCAUGCUGUGCGAGGAGCAGCUGCAGCUGCCACAACCCAAACUACAACCCAAACCGGAACCGGAACCAGAACUAGAGUCAGUGAGAUUACAGCACCUGCUAUUUCCAGAGAUCGGUGAAGAAGAAGCAGAUGCACAAUCUCUGGACCGAAAAAACGAGUAUCUGAUCUCUCUGCUGCCGUGCAAAUAUAUACCGUCGCAGAUCAUGAUGCUGAUGUCGCUACCUUGGAUCAGGCCCUGGUCAACCCAGAGCAAGCUGCGCUACAUUGAACUGCAGGGCGUCACCAUGGACGAGAGCGCACUGACUAGCUCGGAGCAGCAGGAUAUCGACUAACAGCUCACCUCACCUCACAAUGGCAAAAAGGAAAAAAAAAACUAAUAAAACCAAGCAGAAUUAUUGCCAAUCCUUACAUGUAUUCCGUAGAACACAAACAUUCUAAUUUUAAACAAUACGCAAAUAAAAAUUUUAAUGUGAAAAUUUAA